GGACAGAUAAAAAUAAUAUUGUAGGCUUUCAAUAAAGUUAUUCAAACCCGGAAGUAGACGAAUGUGGUCACGCAUGCGCAGGAACAUUUGUGUUUACGUUGUAGCGGCGUGUCUUUCGUGGAAUUGUUUGGCGAAAAGAGGUCCAAACAGAGGUGUUGUUGUGGUCCAGUUAACCGUGUGAUUGGGCCCGUCAACACGCAAAGAUGGAUUUCCAACAUCGAGCAGGGGGCAAGACGGGGAGCGGUGGAGUCGCGUCUUCCUCGGAAAGCAACCGCGACCGGCGUGAGCGGCUACGGCAGCUGGCGCUCGAGACCAUAGACAUCAACAAGGACCCCUACUUCAUGAAAAAUCACCUUGGCUCGUACGAGUGCAAAUUGUGUUUGACACUUCACAACAAUGAGGGAAGUUAUCUAGCCCAUACACAGGGAAAGAAGCAUCAGACCAACUUAGCGAGGAGAGCAGCCAAGGAAGCUAAAGAAGCGCCUGCGCAGCCGGCGCCCGAAAAGGUCAAGGUCGAGGUCCGGAAGUUUGUUAAGAUCGGUCGCCCUGGAUACAAAGUGACCAAACAGAGAGACCCAGAGACUGGCCAGCAGUCUUUGCUGUUCCAGAUUGACUACCCUGAGAUCGCGGAGGGCAUCGGCCCCAGGCAUCGCUUCAUGUCUGCUUACGAGCAGCGCAUUGAGCCCCCGGACCGUCGCUGGCAGUACCUGCUGCUGGCCGCAGAGCCCUACGAGACCAUCGCAUUUAAGGUGCCCAGCAGAGAGAUCGACAAAGCAGAGUCUCGCUUCUGGACUCACUGGAACAGGGAAACCAAACAGUUCUUCCUCCAGUUCCACUUCAAGAUGGAGAAAUCCCUCCCCCCAUCCAGUGGCCCUGUGCCCCCCAUGGGGGUGAAGCGCCCCCCUCCCCUCAUGAGCGGCAUGGGCUCCCGCCCCCCCAAUGAGCCCAUGCCCCCCCCUCCCCCAGGAGGGAUGCACAUGCCCCCCCUGCCCCCGGGCACCCCUGGGGGCCCCCAGAUGCACCACCAGAUGCCCAUGCCCCCCAUGAUGAGGCCCCCCCUCCCCUCUGAUGGACACGGGAUGCCUCAUAACAACUGAUCCAUCGACUGCUCCACCCUUGCCCCCCCGCACCCGCCCCCCACCCUGGCCCCUGGCCCCCCACCCUGGCCCCCCUCCCUCGGUGGAGGACUGUGAUUGUCCCCUCCGUUUGUGUGCUGCUGCAGAGGGUUGGCUGGCUGCCUGGUUGGCUUGCUGGUUGCCCGGCUGGCUGCCUGGCUGGUUGCCCGGCUGGCUGCCUGGCUGGUUGCCCGGCUGGCUGCCUGCCUCCCUGCCUGCCUGGCUGGGUGGCUGGCUGGCUGGCUGUCCACUGCAGUGUCUCCAAACUCUGGAUGCUCCUGGGCAUUUUUCUACAGUUGUUCAUCUGGGUCAAUUUUCAGUUUUUUUUAUAUUGGUGAAAAGGCAGUUUUACGUUGUUGUUGUACUAAGAAGACAUACUUUUCAACUGUAAUAUUACCAGAAGCUCAUCUUUUAAGAUUCCUUUGUUUUGUAAUUAAAUAUUGAUUGGAAAAAAAUAUUUGGAGAAAUGUCCUGUCUUCUGUGGUUUGUUGAAAUACAAACGGCUCUUAAUGGCUUCACACUCACUUUCAGCUUUAUUCAUGUCUGGUGGUUAGUGUAGCAGAAUCAGUGCAGAUGUUUCAAGUAUUAAUUCAUCAAAUAACUUCACAUAUAUCCUGAGACCCUCUUCGAAAUAAUCAAUACCACGAUGAAUAGCAUAGCUGUUGUCUCCACAGUGUAA